AUGAAUCUCCGGGCGACUACAUCGAAGCCACGCUCUGAAAUGACUCUAGAGGAGCUAGCUAAGAUUGAAGAGGAAGAAUUCAGCACAGGUCCGCUCUCGGUGCUCACACAGUCCGUCAAAAAUAAUACACAAGUGUUAAUAAAUUGUCGUAACAAUAAGAAACUAUUGGGUCGUGUAAAAGCCUUCGACCGGCAUUGUAAUAUGGUGUUAGAAAAUGUUAAAGAAAUGUGGACCGAAGUUCCUAGGACGGGGAAAGGGAAAAAAGGUAAAGCCGUGAACAAAGACAAGUUUAUAUCAAAGAUGUUCCUCCGAGGUGAUUCAGUUAUUUUAGUUCUCCGGAACCCACUAGCUACGGCCGCUGGAAAGUAA